UACACACACUCGCCGAGCUCUUCUCCGACAGAGGAGAGAGAGAGAGCGAACGCAGAGAGAGGGAUAAACAGAGGGAGAGAGAGGGAGGGAGAGAGAGAGAGACUAUAGGAACGCAGCGGCUUGUGUGUGCGGGCGCGCGCGCGUGCGUGUGUGUGUGUGUGUGUGUCAAGGUACGCUCGGUGGUAGAAACGACUGGCGGGGCGGAUAUGGAAGGGCUCGGGAAAUACGCUGGGAACUGACCGAGCAACGAGAAGAAGCGAGGGGACAGAGAGAGAGAGAGAGAGAGAGAGAGAGAGAGAGAAGGACGGACGGACAGCGCGGAAGGAAGGAAGGAAAGGAAAGGAGAGGAGGAGAUAUAGAAGUCUGACAGAGGAGCGGGAGACUGUGAAGAAGGGCUCGUCUGGAACACAGAAGGAACCUAAGGAGUGAGCCCUGGGCUGGAUGGGACCAACCAUGCCCCCCAGUAAGAAGGCCCAGAGCCCCAGCAGUGGAGCCAGUGCCUCGCAGGGCAUGAGCCCGUACCGGCAGGGGGACGCCGCCACAGCAGCAUCCGAGGCGGAGGCGGCGGACCUUUCCCUGUCCCUGUCCGCCUCCUUCUCCAAGGCCGAGGACGAGGAGCUCACCAGCCUCUCCUGGCUCCACGAGAGCACCGACCUCCUCAACAGCUUCAGCCACUCGGGGCUGCGUAGCGUCUCCCCACUGCAGGACCCUGACGGUCAGCAUCCCCGCUCGCCUUCGUCCUCGUCUCCCUCCCCGGACGACCCCCUGCUCGGCGACGCGCACUCGGCGUACGACUUGGCCGCAGGCGCCAACAGGAAACCGCCGUACUCCUUCAGCUGCCUGAUCUUCAUGGCCAUCGAAGACGCGCCAAAUAAGCGUCUGCCGGUGAAGGAUAUCUACGGCUGGAUCCUGGAGCACUUCCCUUACUUUGCUAGCGCCCCCACUGGCUGGAAGAACUCAGUGCGCCACAAUCUGUCGCUCAACAAGUGCUUCAAGAAGGUGGAUAAAGACCGGAGCCAGAGCAUAGGCAAAGGUUCUCUGUGGUCCAUAGAUCCAGAGUACAGGCACAACCUGAUCCAGGCGCUGAAGAAGACGCCGUACCACCCCUACUCACCCGGCCUGGCCACGCCCUCCACCUCCCCUCCCACCCUGCCUCAGACAUUUCACCACAGUCCUCCAUUGUGGUCGGGGAGUCCCCUCUUCAGAAAGAACGGAGGAGUUCUCCUACAAGUUCCUCGUGGUGUGAUCCAAAAUGGCGCUCGUGUCAGGAGCCAGGCUCUCUUCCCUGUGAUAAGACCCUUACCUGUAAGCCCUGUGGGGAGCAGAACCUCGGCCAUACGAUCAUCCCUGGGAGAUUAUCUAAGCCGAGGACAGGACAGCCCGUCCCGGUACUCUCCUCCGCUCUGCAGCGAGGACCUCCAGGACGACCACACUUACAGCACCGCCAAAUCCCCCAGCAGGCUUUGCUCCUCAGGAGCCGGCACCCCUUCCUCCCCCCUGGACGACGACGACGACAUCAUCGCCGUGGAGAUCCAGUCAGACGUCAAACCGGAGCCCCGGGAGAUCCCGCUGGAUUCUCACAUCACUGCCGCUGCCGCCACCUACAUUUCCCAGCAGCCCCUGCGCGGACAGAGACGUAGUUCGGGGCCGGGAGCUGGGACUCUGGCGGGAAGCAGUUUGCCCUGGACCAAAAACAGAGCAAGGGGCAUUAGCGACACGCUGCCGCUGAAGAAGCGGCGCGCGGCGGCGGUGGAGAAGCCACCGGAGAGCGACGACGAGGAGAUGAAGGAGGCGGCGGGGUCGCUGCUCCACUUGGCGGGGGUCAGAGCCUGCCUCAACAACAUCACAAACCGCACCGCCAAGGGCCAGAAGGAGCAGAAAGAGGCCCUGAGAAACUAAGACUCAGACAUAGAACAAGUACAUAGUCAUGCAAACACACACAGAGACGCUAUACAGCUGAAAGCACACACACACACACACACACAGACACACACAUUCAAGACACAAAUAGGUCAACAGGUAACGUUACUACAGCAUUAGUCUCAACGGACACUUCUCAUCUCCCUCUAUCUAUCUGCAGGGCAUUAGGUGAAUCCUACUUAUUUGUGGCAAUAUCAAAAAUCUAUGUUUUCCUACAUGUUCAGCAACACUAACAUCAAUGGGUAUUUCUCAUGUGUCUCUGUUGUUUUUGUUGUUUAAAAGGGGAUGAAAGCCAUAAAAAAACGCAUGUUUUGUCACUAAUUUGGACAAGUUAAACACGACAAAACCGAAUCACAUUGAGGAGCGUACAGUACAUAAACACAGAAGAUGGCUGUUUGUCUUACCUGUUUGUUUCUAUGUGAAUCUGUAGCAAUCUUGCAGUGAUGCCAGCAAAGACGGUGGAGCCUAUUUGACAAGAAUUGGAGCUCUCUUGGCCGCUCGCUAGCAUCACUCUCCUACAUCCACGAGCACAAAUGUGAGACUGUGCCAAAGACAAGCGACCAGGUUGCUUCAUGUAGCCGAUAUAACAGCCGACAAAAAAAAGAAGGCAUAUUUGUAAAGAAGAGCUAGGGAGAAUGACCUAAAGCGUCGAAAUAAUUGUAAAACCCAAUGUGAUAUAUAUUCAUGCACUUAAGAUUAUUUAACACCACUUAUAAUAGGAGCAUCAUGGGUAAAGACAUGGUUUAUUUCAAGAGCACUCAUAGUAUUUAAGAAUAGAUAUUUAAAAAUAAAAAUGGUCAUGUUUUAUCACCAUAGAGAUGGAUAGUGUGCCGGGUCUGAGGCAAUAUCUCCUUCAUUUUGUUGUUGUUGCAUAAUGUAAACGUCCCUGAAACUUCCCCAGUACUUCUGUCCAUAGACGUAGACACCUGGUAUAGAUAUCGUAGCUACCAGUAGCUACCACACCUUCCUAUUCAUUUAACAAUGUCAAAGAACUAUAUACAUGAACUGUGGUUUUAGAUUUCUGUUUGUGUCUGUUUACCCUCACUCUACCCUCAUAAAGAUAUAAGCAAUUUGUCCCGUGUGGACAACUCUGUAAAAAGGUUAGAAAAUAUUUUAUUUUUUUCCUUUCUUAAUUGAAGCAAUUUGACCUGCAGGACUUUCUCAGUUAUAUUGCAUGGGUGCUUGUAAAUAAGAUAAAAAGCAAAUCUUUUUUAUUCAAAGAUCAUGUAAGAUAAACAAUGUAUUUAGCAUGAAGCAUGACUUAUUUUCAUAUAAACCUUGAUCCUAGAGGAAAGAAAAAAAGUUUUGCCGCCAAUUCCUAUACCCGUGAUUAUAUUGGAAUUUUUAUUUUUUUCUUUGAAUCUUUUUUUAUUUUUUUCUGAGCGGGCUUUCAAAGACACGUCUUCAGGGAGGAGCGUGGGGGAUCACUCUGCACCUCUGGGCUUUGGGUUCAGGCUAUGUAGGCCAGCUGAAUCACCUCUUAGGGGUGGGCUUCCGUCUUCUUCUGCCUGUACAGUGAUUUUUAGGUGUUUAAUGUUAACCCCAGUGUUAUUUCAGAACACGUGUGUAGAGUGUGUGUGUGUGUGAGUUGGUGUGCCCAGGAGCACACACCCUUUAACAUUGUGCCUGCCUGCCUGCCCUCAGAACCUCUGUUGUCAUGUCUCUGACAUGUUUUGACAGAACGUUACUUGUCUUUAUUUUUUCCUCUCGAGUGUGUAAAUGUACAUGUGUCCUUAUUUCCCAUCGGCAUUGUUCAGUGUAAAUGUAUGAAUCAGACAGGCAUGGGAAGCUUUGUAGGUGUCCACAAAGAACCUCAUAUCUCCAAAUAGGCUACUUAGAAAUUGGAUUGAAAAGAAAGAGGAAUGUAAAAGAUGGCAUAAUGACAAAAACAUUUUUUAUUUACAUACAGUAUUGUUAACCCUUUGAUUAAAGGAAAUACUUGCUGUUGUGGAUGUCAAGCUUGCAUACAUAUUUAUCUCAAGAGCCCAACCUGGAGAUCAGAUGUAUGUGCCACUCUACAAAGAGAAUGUGUAUCUCAAGCCGGGGUUUGGUUGUAGGAGCGGUCACACAAGGGUUCUGUUUAAGCUCAAUGGACGUUGAGUGAUUGUCAGCGAGCCAAGCAGGCAAACCAAUGCAUGUCCCAUCCUCUGGUACAGUCUUUUGCCACCUGUAGCAUGCAUCACUGGCUUUGCAUUUUGUAUGGUAUCCAUGCCGACAUAAAAAAAAAAAAAGGCUAAAAGGAGACACUGUCAGUGUUCUUGUUGUGUGCCAUCCGUCUCUCGUCUGAUAUCUGUCUGAGUGCUCCCGCGGCCCAGGUCAGCAACAAUCCACUGUUGUGGUGACUAAUAACGUGUUCAGCUGGCAAGAGCCAUGUCAAGGGCGGGAGUGUGUUGCUUUAGCAACCACCUUUUCUCCUCUGACUCACUCGGCGACAUGCAGGAAGGAUGAACUCCUGACCUACGAGUCCUGGAAAAACAGAGCAACACAUAAAAUACACCUUGGACAUUUCAAAGCAAAGGAAAUAUUUUUCACUGCCUAAAAGCCCCCCCCCCUUAAAAAAGUGUUUAUUUCAAACCUGCCAAACAUAAUAACUAAACGCUCUAAAAAAAAUACAGUUGCCAUUUAUUUAUUUUUUGAUGUUUUUAUGCACAUUUUUAUUUUCUGUUCUGUUUUCUCUCCGACAAAAUGAUCUACAAUACUGCCAUUAUUUCUUUGGUGACUGUCUGAGCUGAAUAUUGGAAAGCCAUAGGUUAGAGAUGUCAAAAUGCAAAACUGUUAUUGAUCUGUGAGAUGUGAUGCAGAGUGCACCGGGGUGUUGUUUUUUUUCAGUAAAUGUUCAAUUCUCUCCUUAUUGUGCAAUCAUAUUGCCAAAGAAUGAUUUUAAGACCUAUUUCAUCACUACAUGUAAAUAUCAACGUUGUCCAAUACCGUGGCAAAAAAUAUAUAAAUGUUGUUUUAUUUUGUUUUCCAUUUCCUGAAAAACUGCAAUGAUGUUUAUGUGAUGUAUUGUCUUCCAGUUGGUUGCAAUAAUAAAAAA